UCGCUUUAGAGGAGUCGUUGGCCUCUUCCUUCUUCUCUCUCGAGUCUCGACGGCGGCGGCGGACGAGCGAGCGUUUGGAGGACGGGCGGGAAGCCUGCAGUGCGCGGCGCAGAAACCCUAGCUCCUCGCCCGCUUCUUCUCUCCAGGUGCUCUCCUGCCUCGCCGAUCCCGUGGGCGUGAUGAGGGUGAAGGUGAUAUCGCGCUCCACCCAAGAGUUCACGCGCGACCGCAGGCAGGAUCUGCAGAAAGUAUUCCGCAACUAUGAUCCAGCACUUCGUAGUCAAGAGAAAGCCGUUGAGUACACUCGGGCACUUAAUGCUGCAAAGUUAGAGAAGAUAUUUGCUAAGCCAUUUAUUGGAGCUAUGGAUGGGCAUAUUGAUGCAGUAUCGUGCAUGGCCAAGAACCCGAAUCAUUUGAAAGCAAUAUUUUCUGGUUCAAUGGAUGGAGAUAUUCGCCUUUGGGACAUUGCUGCGAGGAAGACAGUUUGCCAGUUCCCUGGACACCAAGGUGCCGUAAGAGGUCUAACAACAUCUACGGAUGGUGAUCUUCUUGUAUCAUGCGGCGUGGACUGCACUGUUCGACUAUGGAAAGUUCCAAUGCUUAAAAUGGUGGACACUAGUGAUCAUACUGGAGAUACUUCCCAGGCAUGCCACUUGAUAGACAAUCAUUCUUUUCAUUGUACUCUAAUUCUAUUUCUCACUUGUUCAGUUCACCAAUUUGGUUUGCAGCCAUCAGCAGUCUAUACCUGGAAGCAUGCAUUCUGGGGUGCUGACCACCAGUGGGACGGUAAUCUUUUUGCUACUGUUGGUGCUCAAGUUGAUAUAUGGGAUCCUAACAGGUCGGAGCCAAUAAAUAACUUUGAAUGGGGUAAAGAUACAGUUCUUUCUGUGCGCUUUGAUCCUGGAGACUGUAAUAUUUUGAUUACAUCAGCCAGUGAUCGGAGUCUAACACUUUAUGACCUACGCAUGUCAUCUCCAGCUAGAAAGCUAAUAAUGAAGACAAGGUGCAAUUCAGUAUGCUGGAACCCUAGGGAGCCUAUGAACUUCACUGCUGCAAAUGAAGACACAAACUGCUACUCCUUCGAUGCUAGAAGGCUAGAUGAAGCCAAAAUUGUUCACAAAGGCCAUGUUUCAGCAGUGAUGGAUAUUGACUACUCACCAACUGGGCGGGAAUUUGUUACUGGUUCCUAUGAUAGAACAGUAAGGAUUUUUAAUUAUCUUGGUGAUCAUAGCAGAGAGAUUUACCACACCAAGAGGAUGCAAAGGGUAUUUUGUGUGAAGUACACCUACGACGGGACAUAUCUAGUCUCUGGCAGUGAUGAUACAAAUCUUCGGCUAUGGAAAUCCAAAGCUUCGGAACAACUUGGAGUUCUUCUUCCACGGGAGCGCAAAAAGCAAGAAUACCUGGAUGCUGUGAAGGAGCGGUAUAAGCACCUCCCAGAAGUGAAGCGGAUUGUGCGGCAUAGACACCUGCCGAAGCCAAUCUACAAGGCAGCGAACCUGCGGCGCACGAUGAUUGAAGCCGAGAACCGGAAAGAGGAGAGGAGGCGAAAGCACAGCGCUCCAGGGAGCAUGCCCGUGCAGCCCUUCAGGAAGCGAAGGAUCAUCAAUGAAGUUGAGUAGGCUGUUUCUGCUGGCCUCCAAACGUCUAGUAGUUAUCGUGGAGAUUGCUGUGGUGUAUGUUGAGAAUGCGUCCGAUGAGAGUUGGGACCGCUAGCUGAAAUUUUGCACUGUUGUUUACGUAUAUGCAUGGUGUAUCCAGAUUGUUUUUGAAUUCCAAAAACUUUCUCCUAUAGAUGAGAGCGAGCAGUUUUUGCCACUGUAAUAAAGAAGGAAUUCGCGAUUGACUUGUAGGGUUGGUAUGGUAUUGGUAUGUAGGAGCGUGACUAGCUAUUUGAAGACUGUAGUAGUACUAGUACAGCAAGGAUGAUGCUGGCUGAAAGUUUCAGAUGGAAGCUAGUCUGAAAGUCAUCGUCUAAUUGCUUUGCUUGUA